CGGGAGCGGACUCGAGGCUGAUCCUGGACCAGCCUUUAAAACGAGGAUCGCUUUUCUUCUUCUUUACUGUAUAUGGGACCGUUUCGCCACUUCAGCCCCGCGCUCGAGGUCUUCUGCUGGGAGUUGAAGUGACAUGGCUUGGUUCAAGCAAGGGCUGUGCUUCCUGCCAGUGUUCCUGGUCAUCUGGUCCUCCAGCACGUUCAUUGUUGCCUACAUUAUUGCGGUUUUCAGACAUGACGUGGACAUAAUCUUUCCAUACAUAAGUGACACAGGUGCGAAGCCCCCGGAGAGCUGCAUCUUCGGCCUGAUGACGUUCAUUUCUGCGUGCGCAGGAACCGCCACCAUGUACGCCCGCUACAAGUUCGUGGAGAAGCUGAGCGCGGACACGACGGUGGUGAACCCCCGCCUCAAUAAAACCACCUUUGUGUUCGGGUUGCUCUCCUGCCUGGGCAUGUGCAUCGUGGCCACGUUCCAGGAAACCACGGAGACGGUCGUCCACGACAUCGGCGCCCUGCUGUUCUUCACCUCCGGCGUCUUGUACAUCGUCCUCCAGUCCGUGAUGUCAUAUCGGGCGCACCCGGCCGGGUCCUCCGUGGCUGUGUGCCGAGUGCGCUCGGGCGUCGCCGUCCUCGCCGUUUUGGCCUUUUUCCCCUGCGUCAUCUGUGCGUUCAUCGUGCCGCAAAACACACUGCACAGAGACGAAGGAGACAAGGACUAUCCCUUCCAUGUAGCCAGCGCCGUGUGCGAGUGGAUUGUCGCCUUCAGCUUCAUCUGCUUCUUCCUCACAUACAUUGAUGAUUUUAAGCUGUUCACCAUACGAGUGAAAACAGAAUGCGAGAAGAGGCUUUGACGAGUCUGCAAACUGCCGGCGACGUCACUCUUUUUUGGAAAGCUUUUUAUGCUCUUUGUACAUUUUUUAUUUACACUGCAAGGCUUUUGUAAGAUUUUGUCUUUUUGUAUAUCUCGGCUGAAUUUAUUGAAGGAUUGCAGUUGGCCCGUUGUUAUUUAUACAUUUGUGAAGCACCGGGUCACAGCAGGAGGGAAACUGAUACACAGCCUGAGUCUUUAUAUGUUUUUAUACGAGCUCAUGUCGUUUUUAUACGUUUACUAAUUAAUGUGCUGUGUCCUCACACUUUGCACUUUGCUCUUGAUCAUUUUCAACUUGCGGCGUCAGCGUGACACGCCGAGUCCCGCCAGACCUGUGACACGUGAAAAGAGAAGUUCAACGUGGUUCUGUAAAUAAUUAGAAGCCUGCCUAAAAUAUUACUUCAAAUACUAUGAGUACUUCCUAAACCAAUGUUUUUUUGUUUUUUUACUCAUUUUCCAAUGUUGUUGUCGUUGGAACAAAAAGUCCACUUCCCGGAUGCCCUGAUCCACAGUUUUGGUCGUACUGUAUUUUAUCUACAUUACCCCAUGAAAAAAAAAAAUUCAAAAUGCAAAUAGAAUUUAAGAGAAAAUACAUGUUAUGGUAGACUAAUGCAAUCUAUUUUUAGAUUUUUCCAAUGUACCUAAAAAAAUAGUUUGAACAUGUAUUUUUCAUUAAAAUGAGUCAGUUAUCCUGAUUGAACUCUGAUCUAUGGAGGGGUGAAUAACUCCAUUCCACUAAAAACUGAUUGAAUUGUUAGUCAUGGUGUUGGUGAUGAGGUACAAACUAUAUUUCUUAGGAUUUUUCAGUGUCUGAUUCCACCUUCGGCGGCUCACAUUGACCCGGGAACAUCACAGCUGUACCUAAGAAAUAAACUGAACAGGAGGGUUAACCAAAAGUUUAAUUUUUUAAACUCAUUUUCAAAUGUUGUCUUUGGACUGUUGUGAAAACAAAUUAGGUAGGAAAAAAAAGUCCACUUUCUGUAUGCCCUGAUCCACAGUUGCUCGUGUCUCCAGCUCCAUCAAUGGGGAUUAUAGACUACUCAAUUUAUUAGUUUGCUCAGUACAGCUGCCCAAUUAAAUUGCUGUAAUACAAUAAACUUGAGGUGAAGCCCAUUAGAAUUAAAAACAAGUUUUCUGUGUGCUUUCAGGCAGAUCAACAACACCUUUAUUUGUCUGCCUAAGAGCAGCACACACGUUUUUAAACCUUCUGAAAUGGGGAAGAAUUGAGGAUUUUUAGUGGUCUGAAGGGCCGGAGGUUUCCAGGAUCUGACGUGUAAAAUGUAAUCGUCUGAAAAAUACAAUUAUUUGGAGUAUCAGAAUUAUAGAUAUGUAUUUUUUUUUUUACAAUAGACUAUUACAGAUUUUAAUGGUGCAAGUAACUCCACGAGGACGGUGAGAAGUCCUCGGAGACACUCUUGUAAAUGUGGAAUUCAUAAAUAAAAUGUACUUGACGCAUGGGGAAGUGAAAUCAAUACUAUGUAUAAUACUGGUAAGCUGCUUGAGGUUUUUUAAAUUAUCGUCAACAUAUUCCUGUCACAUGCUGAGAAGGCUUGUGACACCUUGUACGCUCAGAGAAAUGUUUGUGUUGCAGUGUCACUAUCGCAUUCGAGUAUGUGCUGAUAUAUUUCACUGGCCAGUACUUUUGGAGGAUCUUUGUAGAUGAAUGGAGAUUAAGAGAUGGGACUAUCAGUCUGUGGUCACAUGACAUUAUCAACUUUACAGAUUUAUUUGUAUUCAAAUUAUGUUUUUUGCUUCUGAAAAAUAAAGAUACUUUUUAAAAACA